AUGUCUCGAGGGGGACAACGCUCGGCGUCGACGUUUGACGACCCGGGGACGUCGCUGAGCGACGCUCGCGGACGAGGAAGCGCGCACGAUGGGUCUCGAAACGCCUCAGGGUCGCUGCGCGCGACGAAUGGGAGCAGGAGCGCGAAUGGAUCGGACACGGCGAGCCGAACGGUGAACGGCGGCGGCGCGAACGCGGCGCUCGAACUGGCGGCGACGACGUGCGAUGAGUUGGCGCGCGUGCUCGAGUCGCGACGGUACGGACGAGAGAGUGCGAAUUUAGGCAGCGAAGCGAUGAAGACGAUCGAGACGAUCGAGCGCGUGUUGAAGCGAAAUAGAGAAAAUUUGAGGGAAUUUUUCAGCGCGUGUUUUCAGCCAAUUUUGUGUCGGUUGUUUUCGUUCGACGGAUCAUCCAGUGAGGGGUGGAUGAACGCCGCGUUCACCACCGGAAGCGAGAGAGAUGUGAAAGACUUGUUGGAUUUCUUAUCUCCGGAGGGAUCGUUGAUCCGAGCGAUGUUGAUCGCAGAUUCGGACAAGUUGGUGCAGUUCGCGUUUCCGCUCGAUCGUCUGCCGGAACGAACACAAAGAAUGUUACAGACGGAAAGCGGAGCGAUGGCGCUGAACCGAUCACCCCCAUACGCUGGUUGCAUUAAACGAGACAGUGUGGGGAAGUAUCAGGUGCAUUUGGGGCUGUAUCAUUACUUCAUGUUUUGGACGGCAUAUUUCGCGAUGCGACCGGGGGGAAGACGAGGGUCGUCGUCAUCGUCGCUUUAUUCUGCGGGACAAAGUCCGUCUUACAAGAGUGGAAGUGGUCCUUUCGGUGGCACUGGAUCUCCAAUCAGUAGUGGUGCUGCGUUUCUCGGUGGGCAGUGGCCAUCGACGCCGUCUUUGAUGCAACGCGCGCCGUCGAAGCGCGUGCAUCCGUAUCGCGAGUUGUUACUCUCGCACUUGAAAUUCUUUCUUCCGCGCGAGGAGACGGGAAAGAGUUGGGGCGGUGGCGGUAAAAGUGGUGAUGAUAAGGCGAAUGCGGUGCAAGCUGAGUUUCUGGUGAGCAUUUUGAGCGAAUUUUGGAUGCCCGUGGAGGAGGCGCGGGGGCCGCAGUCGGGCGACGGCGCUCGAGGCGCGACCGGAUCGCCGUUUCGAAGCUCGUUCCCAGCCAUGGGUCGCGUCGUCGACGCUGCUAUGCGCCAGGCAAACAUGAGCCCAGUGCGUUCGAGCGGCGAUGCGCACCGACGAGACGGCACGCGCAGGUAUGCGUACAACCCACCCGCGGUGGAUCACGUCAACGCGGUGACACUCUUGAUUACGUACUUGUUUGCCGAACUUCCAGAUCGUCGACCGGAGAACUUAGAGGCGAUGAAAACCAUCGAGCGCGCGCGUGAGAUGAUCCAACGCCCGCUGUAUUGCUUUUUACGCGAUGCCUUUACGCAGUGGCCGACUGAAAGCUCGACAAAUACGGAACCCAUGGUGACGCUUUGGGUGGCGUAUUUUGCGCCGUGGUGCGCCAAAUAUCCGCAGAGUCAGACGAAGUCGUCGUCGAGCGGAUCGAAGCGCUCAGGAUCACCGCGCGCCAUGCUUACUUCUCCACUCAAAUCUAGCGGUAGUGGAUCUUCAUCAAAGGUGGCGGGGUACGACGACGCGUUGCUCUCGCGCGGAAAAGAGUUCAAGUUUGACGAUCAAGUUGUCGACACUCCUGGGGUGUUUUCCCACGUUCGUCACGUGUUGAAGAGCAUUCCGUUCUACCAUGAACUGAUGAAGCAUUUCUUAGAACUGUGCUGUAAGCGCGUGCCGCUCGACGCCGAGGGCACGGCGACCGUGUUGCUGGCGGCUUUGGAACCGCUCGCGGCGGCGCCAAAGUUGUUGAAGAUCUUACAAGACGUUGAAGACGGCUACGCCGAGUUUGUUCUGGACCCAUUCAAGGGAACUCUGAAAACUAUGCAAGCGCGAGAAGAUUUAGCGGCGAACGCGGAAUCAUACUACCCUCUCAUUCGCUCUCAGCUCCAAGAAUGGGAACCCGACGUCGACCCCGUGACGCUUGGCGACACGCUUCCGGGAACGCCCGGGUCCGCGGUGAAGAGCUCGCCGCUGAGCAAGUGGCACGGUGCUGCUGCACGCCUAGCGGCAAACAAAUCAUUCGAAUCGGACAAAGCCAAUGGGGGAAGUUCCAAGCAUUUGCGCAUGUUCACACCGGAGACCGACGGGUUGGCGCAAGUUGCCAUCGCGCUCAUUCAUCGCCUCGAGCGCGACGCAACGCAAGUGCCUACGUCUCAUCCGCUUCGCAAGAAAGUGCCAGCAUUUCGAGCGGCCUCGUUCACGGUGUUUCGCUUGGAAAGAUUCCGCGAUACGCCGUACCUGAAGAGCCCAACGUCGACAAAGUACGUGGACACGGACGCGGGUGAGAAUCGUCAAGGAUGGUCAUCCGCGCGCACGAGCGCGAAAGAAAUGUACAAGGGUGAGUGGAUGCACAGACCGAUCGGUGGAAAUGAAAUUACUUUGCUCGUGAAAAUUUUGGUGCCCAUUUCGGUGUUCUUGAACAAAAAGCUCGGACUUGACGGCGUGGCCACGGAUGAGGGCGCGAACAAGCGACGAAUCGCGUACGCCGACGUGCGUUCGGCGGUGACGGAAUCGUGGGCACGCGCGCGGCGAACAUCGCGACGGGGCAACCCCGUUGUGGACUAUGUGUUCUCGAUUUUUGCCGUUUUAGAGGAGGUGACGCUCGGAUUGUGUCGUCGUAAAGGGUUGACCGUCAACUUGCGACCUUUUAGCGAGUAUCAAAUGCUCGCGCUCGCCUGGUGCGCCUACGUCGCGUUCUGGUUCGCGCGCGUGGUUUUGGCCGUGAUCACGAUGGAUUUUGACGAAGAUUACUGA